AGUUAGGAAAUGUGAGGUGCUGUAUGACUACACUGCUGAGGAAGAUGACGAGCUGGAGCUUGUUGUUGGGGAAACAAUAGAGAUUCUAUCAGGGAAUGAGGAGGACGGGUGGUGGAUGGGAAAGAAAAAUAACAAAACAGGACUGUUUCCAUCAAAUUAUGUGAAACAAAUUGACCGUACACAGGACACAGUCUUUCGUCUUCAGAUGUGUCUCGUCUUCUGUCCAAAUGUUCUGAUGUUUCUAGCGUUUGUCCUCUGGGGUGUUUCUGAAGGGUCUCUGUUUGAGUCGGUCUCUUGUUGUGCUCUUUAUUUUCUGAGGCCUCUCUUGUUGCUCUGGACGGCUCCAUAUAUUAAUGAGUUCACAGACAACAUGAAAACAUGGGUUCAGUAUGACAGUUAUGAGACAGAAUAUAUGGUUUUCUCAGCUGUUUUUUAUUCAGUUCUGUUUAAAUCUGCCCUGGACAAGAGUCUGAAUUACACUGGAUUUGAAGGAGUCAUGAUUAUAGUCUUCUUUGUGAUUGUGAUUCUGUUCAACCUCAUCUAUAUUAUUUACUUGUUGCUGAGAUUGAAUGGUAAAGCAAGUGAACGGAUGAUUACUAUAUUCAGUGUUCUGGCUGGAAUCAGUUUUGAUAUUCUGCCUUCACUUCAGUUCAUCCUCAUCUUCUUCUCCUUUGGAUCGAUUAAAGGAGGAUUCAUCAUUGUGGCAGUUUUACCAGUGUUUACCACAGUGACGAGAUACAACUGGAAUGCAGUAUGUGGUCAACAGAUGGGUUGUUCACCUGCGCUCAUGAGAUCAGUGUGGUUAACUCUCAUGAUGCUGAUCAAUGCUGUAUUGGUCUAUUUCUACAUCACAGCUCUGGAAAAUGAAAAGGAUCGUGUCGGAUGGGUCUGUGUGAUUGUGUUUCUCCAGACGCUCUGGACACUGGUCAACUUCACAGCCUCAUUUACAUGGGAUCUUCCCAGUGUCACAGCUGUGUAUGUGUUUGGAUCAGUCGGUGUUGUGUUACUGAACUCUGUUGCUCUGAUGACUGAACUGAUCCUCAAAACAGUUAAUGGUGAAGGAGCGACGGGAGACAUGAGGAUCAUCGUCUUCUCCUCUGAAUUACUCUUCACUUUAAUUCUGAUCAUUUUAAUGGUAUUUGAACCCUGGAUCACACCGUGUCUGCAGUCGUGUACGAAGACAAUGCAGUCUUGUCGAGCUGCAGCCGCUGGAUCACAGAAUCAGGAAUCUCAGAACGCAGGAGCAGAUUCAGCCACUGGAUCGAACCAGAACCAGAGCCAGAGCGAGAGCGAGAGCGAGAGCGAGAGCGAGAACCAGAACCAGAGUCAGAACCAGAACCAGAACCAGAACCAGAACCAGAACCCAGCAGAAGCACAUGAGACGAUUCCUCUAGUGAACACACAACACCAGGAGAACAGCAGGAGCGACGGGACGGAGGAAGCUCAGCCGGAUUCAGUGGUUUCACAAUCAUAAUCAACAGUCAGAGAAAAACACUUGUGAGGAUUUAAGAGUUCAGUCUCAUUCUUCAUCUGUUAUUGAGGCCGUUAUUUAAUGUGUGUUUGCUGUAAAUAUAUGCAGGAUGUCUUUAUAUUGCUGUAAUAGUAAACUACUACAGCAGUAGAAAUGAAACUCAGACUCCUUCAAGAUCAACGGAGAGAAAUCAGUGUUAUAAUAUUAACUUUAAUAAACACAUGUGGAUUGAUGCUGGAGUCUCAAGAUCACAGAGAUCAGUUUCUGUAUCCCACAAUGCAAAGUGUUUCACCUGAUUCUCCAUUUCCAGUGUGAUGACAGAAGCAGAAGUAACUCAGACAGAUGAUGUAUUUCUACUCUAUCUCAGAUGGACUCAUGGGAACAGCUGCACUGUAGUUAGGGUCAAACACUGGAGGAGCUCAGACAUCUACUGUAUGAGUCUAUUGUAGGGAUGUGCGUGACGACUCAUUUUACAGUCGUUUAAACAGACGUUUUGUAUCCGACUAGCAAGAAAAAAGCAAGAACCCCCCAAAAGAUGGUAAAAAAAAAAAAAAAAAAAACUUGUGUGUGCGUGUAUAUAAUAGCCUGCAUUUGAAACACUUAAUCUAUGAAUCACACUGACGAAUCACUCAAUGAAUUCUGCCAAAAAUACGUAACAGUUAUGCUGUUCUCUUGCCUUGCCUUAACAUCAUUUAAUUUUAAAAUUGUGGGGAAGUCGUGGCCUAGUGGUUAGAGAGUUUGACUCUUAUCUGUAAGGUUGUGGGUUCGAGUCUCAGGCUGGUAAUACCACGACUGAGGUGUCCUUGAGCAAGACACUGAACGUGUGUGUGUGUGUGUGUGUGUGUGUGUUCAGAUGGUUUGAUAGAUGCUAUGAUAGACUGCACUGUAAGUAUCUGCUGAAUAAUGAUCUGAUCUGUGUUUAACUGUAUCAGUAUCUCUGUUAUAUUGAUCAUCUGUGUUUACAGAAACACAUUACUGUAAUGUGAUCAUUUAUUGAUCACUAAUAUCCCCUGUUUAGUAAAUCUGGCCCUUACUCCAUGUAAUUUAUUAAAUAAUGUAUCACACACACACACACACACACACAGCUAAACACACACACAUACACUUGUGACACACACAAAUAUUUUGACAUAUAAAUUCAGAGUAAAAUCAUAGACACACGUUUUAUUUUCUUGCCGUUUUUCUUUUAUAUAAA